GCGCGGCCCGAGGAGCCGCCGUGUCGGCCCCGGGUUUCUGGGAACCGGUUUUGCUGCUGUGUCAUUUUGUACCAGCCCCUCCUUUCCCUGCUGCCCGCCGCCCCGUUCUUCCUACGCCCCUUUGUAUGGUGUCUUCUUCGUGUAUGUCCGUUUUCCUCGCGAAGCCCACCAGCCAAAUGUCAUAAUGUUCCCGAGGUGCACGGGGGAAGGGAGCCGGCCAGGACUUAGAUUGGCCAAGCAACGGUAAACACCAAGCGGAGUGCGGGUGGACGAGGCUGGCGGUGGGGAAAUAAAGUUUAAAGAUGAAGAAAUUGGGAAGGUUUGAUACUCUUGGCAUCUAGCAGGAUUAUAGAAACGGCGACUGGGCUGGGCGAUAGAUAGCACUUGUUUAAGCCUGAAUCUGCUGACUUUUAUAUGGAGUUGUCAUUCAAGCAAGUGCCUGAUCAACUUUCUAGCAGGAGAACGAUCAUGGAGGUGGUGCCAGCUGAGGUGAAUAGUUUGCUUCCAGAGGAGAUAAUGGACACUGGUAUAACUUUAGUGGAUGAUGAUAGUAUUGAGGCUGUUAUUGUUUCAUCCCCAAUUCCCAUGGAGACAGAACUGGAAGAAAUUGUCAACAUAAAUUCUACUGGCGACUCUACAGCCACGCCCAUUUCCACGGAGCCAAUCACAGUGUACAGUAACCACACUAACCAAGUUGCAGUGAACACCACAGUUACUAAAGCAGAUUCUAAUACCACAGUGCAACCAGCUUUUCCAAGUGGCCUUCAAAAACUUGGUGCUCAGACUCCUGUGACUAUAUCAGCCAAUCAGAUUAUUUUAAACAAAGUAUCACAGACAUCUGAUCUUAAACUUGGCAAUCAGACCCUUAAACCAGAUGGACAGAAGUUAAUUUUAACAACUUUGGGCAAGUCUGGUUCACCAAUUGUUUUAGCACUACCCCAUAGCCAACCCCAGGCUCAGAAAGUUACAACUCAGGCCCAGUCAGGAGAUGCUAAGUUACCACCGCAGCAAAUUAAAGUAGUUACCAUUGGAGGGAGGCCAGAGGUGAAACCUGUCAUUGGUGUCUCAGCAUUGACCCCAGGAAGUCAACUGAUUAAUACUACAACUCAGCCCUCUGUGUUACAGACCCAACAGUUAAAAACAGUACAGAUUGCUAAGAAGCCUCGAACACCAACCUCUGGUCCAGUAAUCACGAAGCUGAUCUUUGCAAAACCAAUUAAUAGUAAAGCAGUUACAGGACAGACAACUCAAGUAUCACCACCAGUCAUUGCAGGUAGGGUUCUUUCACAGUCUACUCCCGGGACUCCUUCAAAGACCAUAACAAUAUCUGAAAGUGGUGUUAUUGGAUCAACUUUAAAUUCUACAACACAGACACCAAAUAAAAUAGCCAUCUCACCUUUGAAAUCGCCAAAUAAGGCAGUGAAAUCAGCUGUGCAGACCAUCACUGUUGGAGGCGUGAGCACAUCACAGUUUAAGACAAUUAUUCCUCUGGCAACUGCUCCCAAUGUCCAGCAGAUUCAAGUGCCUGGAAGCAAGUUUCAUUAUGUCCGACUUGUUACUGCCACAACAGCCAGUAGCUCAACCCAGCCAGUUAGUCAGAAUCCCAGUACAAACACUCAGCCUCUUCAGCAAGCAAAGCCAGUGGUUGUUAAUACCACCCCCGUGCGGAUGUCAGUUCCACUUGUCUCAGCACAGACUGUCAAACAGGUUGUUCCCAAACCAAUCAAUCCAACUUCACAAAUAGUUACCAGCAGCCAGCCACAGCAGCGGCUCAUCAUGCCGGCCACGCCACUGCCACAGAUCCAGCCAAACCUCACCAACCUCCCGCCAGGCACUGUGCUGGCACCGGCUCCGGGCACAGGAAAUGUAGGCUAUGCAGUGCUUCCAGCUCAGUACGUGACUCAGCUACAGCAGUCUUCAUAUGUGUCUAUAGCAAGCAACUCAAACUUUACUGGAACACCUGGUAUCCAGACCCAGGCAAGGCUUCCAUUCAAUGGCAUAAUCCCAUCAGAGUCUGCCAGUCGGCCCAGAAAGCCCUGUAACUGUACAAAAUCGCUGUGUUUGAAAUUAUACUGUGAUUGCUUCGCAAAUGGUGAAUUUUGCAACAACUGCAAUUGUACUAAUUGUUAUAAUAACUUGGAACAUGAAAAUGAAAGGCAAAAAGCAAUAAAGGCAUGCCUUGACAGAAAUCCAGAAGCUUUUAAACCUAAGAUAGGGAAAGGAAAGGAGGGAGAAUCAGAUCGACGUCACAGCAAAGGAUGUAAUUGCAAACGAUCAGGAUGUCUUAAAAACUACUGUGAAUGCUACGAGGCAAAAAUAAUGUGUUCCUCAAUAUGCAAAUGUAUUGGCUGUAAGAAUUUUGAAGAAAGCCCAGAAAGAAAGACAUUGAUGCACUUGGCAGAUGCAGCCGAAGUAAGGGUACAGCAGCAAACGGCAGCAAAGACUAAGUUAUCCUCUCAAAUUUCAGACUUGCUUACUAGGCCAACACCAGCUUUGAAUAGUGGAGGAGGAAAAUUGCCGUUUACAUUUGUAACUAAGGAAGUAGCUGAAGCCACGUGUAACUGCCUCCUUGCCCAGGCAGAGCAGGCAGACAAGAAGGGAAAAUCAAAGGCAGCAGCUGAACGGAUGAUACUUGAGGAAUUCGGACGAUGUUUGAUGAGCGUCAUCAACUCUGCGGGAAAAGCAAAAAGUGACCCUUGUGCCAUGAACUGCUAACUCUUGCACAAAGAAUGGUGAAUGGAAAUGUACGGAAAAUUGAAGGUGCAGGGACACUUGAUUUUCUGGAAGAUAGUUUAACAACUGUUGUAUUGUUAAUUCAGUCCCUCUGAGACCUGAAAUUAUAAUAUUGAAAGAGAAGAAAUUUUAAAUAAGGAAAUUAGUACAUUUGAAAUCUUAAGUUAAAUCUGCUUAUGCCCCUUCUAAAUUGAAUUUUUUCUUUAUUGUAUUAUAUAGAUUAUUAAUUUGCUUGGGUUUCUUAAGAACUAGAUGUCCUUUCCUUCUGAUUCUAUUGAUAAAGAACAAUUAUAAAUUGCUAUAAUUUAUAGUGUA